AUGAGGGCAGCCCACGUGGCUGCAGUGGGCACUGACAUCAUGUCAUGUGCCUGGUGCACUAAACUGGGGAGGUGCCUUGGAAACUCCUCCAUUAAUCACUUCACCAACUGGUUAGACACAAAUAAAAAGCAGCUGAGCUUCCAUGAAGAUGGGUUCAAGGAUACCGUCCUCAGUCGUCUGACAACCUGCUUGUGGGGGCUUGUUCCUGGAAAAAGAGUCCAUAAAAUCUUAAGGUAUGGCCUAGACAAACACCUGCCUCCCAAUGCCCACGAGCUGGUGUCUGGAAAGCUGCACAUUGUCCUCACCCGUUUGCGCGACUGGAAAAGUGUGACCGUGUCCGAGUUUGCCUCCAAGGAGGACCUGAUCCAGGCCAUACUGUGCAGCUGCUUCAUCCCAGCGUAUUUUGGACUUUUCCCUCCUAAGUACCGUGGGGUGCGUUACGUGGACGGGGAACUGGCCAUGUGGAAAGCUGACUUCGUGUCCCAGAACACCAUCACCGUGUCUGCGUUCGCCGGCGAAUACGACAUCUGCCCCCGGGACGGCGCCGCCGCCUUCUUCAACUUCCAGCUCUCUGACUGCAUUUUGCACCUCUCCACGAGGAACCUCUGCCGCUUACAGCACAUUUUUCAGCUCCCCAAACGCCAAGUCAUGGACCGGUUUUUUGCCUCUGGCUACCAGGACACGGUCUGCUUCCUAAAGAGACUGAGUAAGUGA